CCCCAUUCUUCCAUCUUUAAUGAUUCGUAGUACCAUUGGCAAGUCAGAACAUGCACAGCCCAUGGUGAUAUAAGACCAGGAGAUGGCAGGACUGUCAGAGCCCAGGGAUCCUCCAGGGGAGGGCACUUUGGAGGCUGGGGCAUUUUCUAUUUCGUAUUUGGCUGGCAACCGGCUGAACCUAGACGUCUACCCUGAGAGCUGCUGCUUGUUCCUCAAGCUGCUGGAGAGCAGGAGAGAAGAAGUUGAACAGGUGGAGUUCUUGAGGCUGAACUGCAAUGAGGACCUUAUCACUUCCACCCUGAGCAGCCUUCCUGCUUUGAGGGGCUUGAAAUCUCUUGUGCUCAAAGGUGGACACUCUAGAGAUGACAUUGGUGCAUGUCAGAGAGGGUUGCUAGCAUCUUUGCCACAAGAGUUUGGGCAGCUACAAUGCCUUGCUCAUCUAGAUCUCAGCUUCAACAGCUUCGCAGUUUUACCUCCCUCCAUUACUAAGCUGACCAGCCUCAGUUUUCUCUCAGUCAACCACAACAACUUGAAGAGGCUGCCUGAGGACUUUGGCCAGCUUGGCAAGCUGACUUUUUUCUCUGCCAUGAAGAACCAGCUCAAAGGUCUGCCACAGAGCAUUGGGGGGCUGGCAGCACUGCAGACACUGAACCUCUCUGAAAAUGCACUGGAAUCACUCCCUGAAGAGAUUGGGAACAUGCACAGCUGCACUGAACUUGAUCUCUCUGGAAAUGAAUUAACAGGAAUACCCAGUUCUCUUGCCAAUUUACAGUCUCUGCAGCAGCUGCAUCUUCACAGCAAUCUUUUGACAACUGUUCCUGCCUCCCUUGCCUGCCUACCCCACUUGUCCAGACUUGAUCUGCAGAAUAAUAGGCUUCGAAGCAUCCCUCCAGAGAUCCAGAAUUUUCCUUUUGUGCAUCUCCGGGGCAAUCCUCUAGGAGAACUGGAGGUGCCUCUGCAAUCAGAUGACUCUAGUUCAGAAGAAUUGCAGAGAGUGCAUCUUAAAGCUGAUGAAGACAGCUUUACCGUGACUCCUGAAGGCUGCCACAUUUUCUUGGCUUGUGGCAUUCAACUCCGUUUCCCACGGGAUGCUACAACUAUUCUAGUAACUAUUCACUUCCAGAAACGCUCCCCUGACCCUCUUUGGGUGAAGCUGAAGCACCAUGACAUCCUGCUAAGUGAAGCCCUGGAACUGCAGCCCCAUGGGAUUCAUUUCCAGCAGGAGGUGCGGAUCUGGAUGCCCUAUGCUUCUCCUCACAGCCUGAAUGACCGUGAGCUCAUAAUUCGAACCUUUGAUGGGCAGAACUGGAGUGAUUUGAGAACAAAGGUGAAAGACAAAGGCAAGAAGCGUUCGGCUUGCUGCAGCGUCUCUCACUUCUCCUGGUUUUUGGUGGUCUCACGCCUUGUGGAGGACAAAUGCAAAGUCUCUCAGGAAGGGGGCUUGCUUUUUUCAACUGUUGAUCCCAACAUUAAAGUGACCUUUCCUCCUGGUGUGACCGGGGAGACGAGGACAGUGAAGCUUCAGGUGCUUCCUGUAUCAACAAAGGAGCUAAGAGAGAUUACUGGUGAUACUGAAACAAUUGCCAGCCCUCUCCUUUGCCUCUCUCAGAGUUCCACUGUGGACUUUCUUCAGCCUGUUAAAAUUCAGCUUCCACUGCCUCCUGGUGUCACAGGUCUAACCUUGGAUCGUUCCAGAAUACAUUUGUUGCACAGUGACUGGGCUGCUCAGAACUGGAGUGACAUCACUGAUCAAGUGAUACUGGAGUUCACCCACCUCUAUGCCUUAUUUGAAGUAACACACUUCUCUUGGUACUGGUUAUGGUGCACCACAAAAGCCUACAUUGGUGGCUUUGCUAAAGAAGUCUAUAAAAGAUUGCGCAUGUACCAGGUGAAUUUCAUAGCACUACAGAGAAAGAAAGAUCCAGAGCAAGUCUUGCUCCAAUGCCUCCCAAAGCACAAGGUGGAUCCUGUUUUGAAAAAGCUCCUUGACCGAUAUCGAGGCCCUGAGCCAUCCGAUAUUGUGGAGAUGUUUGAAGGGGAACAGUUCUUUGCAGCCUUUGAACAAGGCAUCAGCAUUGAUGCAGACCGCCCAGACUGCAUUGAUGGAAGGAUUUCAUUCAACUUUUUUUCUCAUUUGAAAAAUGUGAAGGAAGUCUAUAUUACCUCUGAAGUGGACAGAAACAGCAAGCCUGUGAAAGGGCAGGUUUCCUUUUAUCGAGGAGAUGUGCCAGAGAGCAUUCCGGAAGAGAUUACAAGGAGGAGGAAGGGCCCUGACUCUCAUUGGCUAGCUACCUUGCCAAUCAAGCUACCUAAACUGAAAACUCAGGUAAACAAGCAGCCCACAACUCCAAAUGGCUUCUCUCUUCCUCCUUUGAAUUUGGGGAAUGCUGAAACUGGCUACUUGACUCAGUCCAACCUCCUUGGCAUUGCUGGACGCAUAGGAGCUGAAUGGAGAAUCAUUGGUUUAAACCUGGGAUUGUCCUAUCAGCAGCUGGAGCGGAUACAGUAUAACAGCAGGGAAGAUCUCCAUACUCAGAUUCUAGAUAUGCUCUUCUCCUGGGCUCAGCAAAAUGAAAAGAAGCCUGACUGCAUAGACAAGCUGAUUAAGGCCAUGCAAGAUAGUGGCCGCCAAGACAUAGCAGAUGAGAUCACCACCAUCAUUGGAUUGGGAAGGCAAAAAUAUACCGAGUCCAUCCAGAGGGUAGGCCUGGACCGGGAAAGUAGUACAGAAGAUUCUGCUAUUGCUACAGGAUGAUUGCUAGACAAUUAUGGAUUAGUCAACAAAAUAGGAUUAAUCAAAUCCAGGCUAUUCCUUCUUCAAGAUUAUUGGUACUGUCCAAUUCUUCUCUUUAGUGUUUUGCUGCCAAUUAGCUAUGCUUAUGUGCCACCGGUGGCUUUUACUAGAUCCUUGUAAGCAGCUACUUGCAAGUUCACCUGGGAUAAGUUAAGAUUCCCAACUACGUUUUACUAAAGUUCUACUUUUUUAGGGCAAAAAUGACUUUAAAAUACAUAAGGCAGACCAGUGCACAAUACUUCCUAUGGAGCCUAAAACUUUUUUGUUUGU